AUUCUCUUUGUCAUGUUUUUAAGAAAGACACAUUGGUAAAUGUAAAAAAAUGGUGGACAAUCCCGAAACAAUUGCCCUACAGCGGAGUUACCAUGGAACACUGAGUCUUCUAGCAGUUAAUUCUGGUAGCCACUGUACUGUGUUUAGAGAGAGAAAGAGAUAGAGAGAUGGAUACUGUGGACGACAUUACUACCCUCACCUCCGAGAUCGACGCCGAAGAAUUGGACGGACUCGGCGGGAGCGGUGACGAUGCCGGGAAGACGGGAGACGAUGGUGGCAGUGGGAAAGCUGGGAAGGACAGAGUAAAAGGGCCUUGGUCUCCAGAAGAAGACGCAAUUUUGAGUAGACUAGUGAGCAAGUUCGGGGCAAGGAAUUGGAGUCUGAUCGCCCGAGGAAUCUCUGGCCGAUCCGGCAAGUCUUGCCGGCUCCGAUGGUGCAAUCAGCUCGACCCAGCUGUCAAGCGCAAGCCCUUUUCUGAUGAGGAGGACAAUAUCAUAGUUGCAGCCCAUGAAAUUCAUGGAAACAAAUGGGCAGCUAUUGCUAGGCUUUUAACAGGAAGAACAGACAAUGCUAUAAAAAAUCAUUGGAAUUCCACCCUAAGGCGUAGAUGUUUGGAGCGUGAUAAAGUAAAGUUGGAACCAGGCAAUGCUGUAGAAGAUGUUAGCUUUGACAGAACUAAAGCAUCAUCUGAAGAAACCAUGUCAUGUGGUGAUACCAAUUCAUUUAAGUCCAUGGAAGGAAGAGAUCCCUCCUUUGUGGAGCAUAUGGUUGAUCAUAAUGAAAUCAAGUUGCCAGCAGAAGGUUAUUUAAGUCACGAAGUACUGGAACCACCUACACUUUUUCGACCAGUGGCACGUGUUAGUGCAUUUAGUGUAUAUAAUACUUUAGAUGGACAACAACCACUAUCAUUAAUUCAAAGGCCUGUUCCAAUGCAAGGACCUCUGGUUCAGCUAGCAAAAUCUGAUGUUCAAAUUUUUAAAUUGCUUGAAGCAGAAUAUGGGGGGAACUCAGUGCCUCAUCAAUGUGGUCACGGUUGCUGCGAGGUGAAAGAUGGUAAAAAUUCUCGAAACUCUUUGUUAGGACCAGAUUUUGUCGAUUUUACAGAGCCUCCAGCAAUUUCAAGUUUUGAUCUGGCUGCAAUUGCCACUGACAUUAGCAACCUUGCUUGGCUUAAAAGCGGGUUGGAGAAUACCAGUGUUAGAGCAAUGGAUGAUGCAGCGGGUAGAAUUAUAUCUAAUGGAUCUCAAAUACAAAUGGGACGCUUUGAAGAGAGUAGAACCAGUGAUCACUUGGUUUUCGAAGAAAGAAGGGAGAACUUGAUGGGCAUGAAAACUAAUGUGCUAUCAACUUAGGACUGGUAAAUAAUUCUCUGACAAGCAAAAUCAUGAAACUCAGGUCUUUGUGAUUGAAUAUCCUGAUGAUGUUCGUGGGAGUUGCAAUUUUGAAGACGCAGGAGGAUCUAAAAUGUUUUUAUAAGGUAUAGAGAUUCAUAUUUAAGGGCCAAGAAAUUGUGAAGGUUUUGACCAAGUCUGAAUAACUAAUUCUCAGUGUUUCUUCUAUUUUUUUUUUUUAAGUUAAAGAACAUAGGAUUUAUGGUUCCUUGGUGAGGUGUUGUGUUGGUCAGUCUGCAGACUCUGAAUGUAUAGUAAAAAAAAAAUCAUAAUUUAUAUUAGUUAGUUUUUUCA